AUGGCAGAAGAAGUUAAAAAAUUAUCAAAGAAAGAGCAAAAAGCAUUGGACUUUAAAAAAUCAAAAGAGGAAAGAGAUGCUAUCAAAGAAGAAAAACAGGAGAAGAAAAGAAAAUUAGAAGUUGAAGAAGAACAACCAGUUAAAAAGCGUAAAACAAGAAGAGGUAAGAAAGGUAAAGGUGUAAAUGGUGGUAAAGGUCCAAGAUUUAUACUAUUUGUCGGUAAUUUACCUUAUGAUAUACAACAAGCUGAAUUAAUAACUCAUUUUAAAAAUUGUGCACCAGAUAGAAUAAGAAUUAGAUCAGAAAAAGGUAUUGCAUUUUUAGAAUUUGAUCAAGAUACAAAAGAAAUACAAAGUAAAAUGGAAUUAGCAUUAAGAUUACAUCAUAGUGAAAUAAGAAAUAGAAAAAUUAAUGUUGAAUUAACUGUGGGUGGUGGUGGAAAUUCUGAAACUAGAUUAAAUAAAUUGAAAGAUAAGAAUGAAAAAGUUGAACUUGAAAGAAAGAAAAGAAUAGAAGAUGGUAAGAAAAAGAUACCGUCAGGCAUUCAUCCAUCUAGAGCUGCUUUAAUAAAUUAA